GAUCCCCCGUGUAAGAGUGAGGUGGAGGAGGACAUUCCAGUCCAUGUGACCACAGGAACUCCCAAUAAGAAUUCUGAAGGAAACGUCAUGUUAUCACUAGAUCAUAAAGAAGAAAAUCAGGACAACAUGCAGCGUUCUUCGGGAGAAAACCUCAUUACACUGAUCGGAUAUCCAGGACCUCACAGUGCAGAUCUAUCAUACAAUCCUCCUAAUAAUGAAGAACCUUCUCCUGACCAAUCUCAGAUUGUAACCACAAGUACCGGGCAGAAAGGAAGUAAAAGGUUUCAUUGUGAAGAAUGUGGAAAACUGUUUACAAGAAGCUCAGCUAUUUCUGUGCACAGAAGAAUUCACACAGGAGAAAAGCCGUAUUCAUGUUCAGAAUGUGGGAAAUGCUUUUGCCAGAAAUCCAAUCUUGUAAAACAUGAGAGAAUUCACACAGGAGAGAAGCCAUAUUCAUGUUUAGUAUGUGGGAAAUGUUUCGCAGACAAAUCAAGUCUCCUUUUACAUCAGAGAAUUCACACAGGGCUGAAGCCAUACUCAUGCUUCGAAUGUGGGAAAUGUUUUACUCAGAAAUCCCAUCUUAUUAUACAUAAGAGAAGUCACACAGGAGAGAAACCACAUACCUGUUCAGAGUGUGGGAAAUGUUUCACAGACAUAUCAAGUCUCCUUAAACACCAGAGAAUUCACACAGGGCUGAAGCCAUACUCAUGCUUCGAAUGUGAGAAAUGUUUUACUCAGAAAUCCCAUCUUAUUAUACAUAAGAGAAGUCACACAGGAGAGAAGCCACAUUCCUGUUCAGAGUGUGGGAAAUGUUUCACAGACAUAUCAAGUCUCCUUAAACACCAGAGAAUUCACACAGGGCUGAAGCCAUACUCAUGCUUCGAAUGUGAGAAAUGUUUUACUCAGAAAUCCCAUCUUAUUAUACAUAAGAGAAGCCACACAGGAGAGAAGCCACAUUCCUGUUCAGAGUGUGGGAAAUGUUUCACAGACAAAUCAAGUCUCCUUAUACAUCAGAGAAUUCACACAGAGCUAAAGCCAUAUUCAUGCUCAGAAUUUGGAAAAUGCUUUCUAGAUAAAUCAGAUCUUCUUAAACAUGAGAGAAUUCAUACAGGAGAGAAGCCGUAUUCAUGUUCACAUUGUGAGAAAUCUUUUACAAAAAAAUCAAAUCUUAUAAUACACCAGAGAAUUCACACAGGAGAGAAGCCAUAUUCAUGUUCAGAAUGUGGGAAAUGUUUUAUAGAAAAAGCUAAACUUCUUUGUCAUCAGAAAAUUCACACAAAAGAGAAGCCGUAUUAAUAUUGUAUAUUAGAACAAUGAUUGUAAAUAAAUGUAAGACGACAUUGGGGGUUUUACUUUACACAUGAGGCCGUUAUAGUUGUGUCCCCUCCACAGAACAGGGUUUAGGCCUCUUUCACACGUGCUUUGUUUUCUGGUAUUGAGAUCUGUUCAGGAUGCAUCAGAAUGUCUUCCGUUCCGGCAGCAUUCCGCUUUGUCAGCGGACACAAACCUGCUGCAAGAUGCGGUUUUGUGUCCGGUCAUAAAAACGGAUCCAGCACUGAAAACAAUGUAAGUCAAUGGUGGCGGAUCCGUUUUUUUCACCCAUUGACUUUUAACGUAUUUAGUGAUGAUUUAAUUUUUUUCCGUUUUGAUUUCACACAACCGCAUCCUAAUGGAAGCGACGCAGCCUGACCUGCAAAAUCAAAAUGCAUCUGUCUAAUUCCAGUAUUGAGA